AUGUAUAGACGUGUUUGCUUACUUCUACUUAUUAUAUUUUACAUAUCAACAACGGUUACAUUGCAUACUUUAAAAAGACAGAAGAGGAUUGUUGGUGGUAAACCGGCUGCACCACCUCCUGUAAAUGAUCCUGUUGUCUAUGUGACAAGUAGUAAAAGCCAAGCACGUAUUUAUGGUACUCGAGAUCCGAAUAAAGGAUUUUAUGUGUUUCGUGGUAUUCGAUUUGGUCUACCUCCAGUAGGUCAACGUCGAUUUCAAAGACCUAUACCUCUGAAUUUGGAGGGUGAAAUUAAUGCGACGAAAUGGGGACCUCCUUGUCCUCAACCUAAUGACGUUAACGGUAAAAGAAUCGUGGGAAGUGAAGAUUGUCUUUUCUUAAAUGUUUUCACACCUAUGCUCCCAGAUUCCGGCGAUGGGUAUCCAGUACUAAUUUGGAUACACGGCGGUGGUUUUAGAAGGGGUUCUGCUUGCCAAUAUGAAUUGAGAAAUAUAAUUCAGAAAAAAAUAGUGGUAGUGUCGAUUCAAUAUAGAUUAGGUUCACUUGGAUUUUUAAGUAGCGGUACGAAGGAUUUACCGGGUAACAAUGGUAUAUUUGACAUGAUGUUAGCGGUGAAAUGGGUGGAGGAUUAUAUCGAAUUUUUCGGUGGAAAUCCGAAAAAAAUUACACCGUUCGGCCAUGGCACAGGAGCUAGUUCUGCCUUCAUGCUUGCAUUAUCCAAAAUGUCAAGAAACCCCUUCAGCGGGUUAAUUGCAAUGUCGGGUUCAAUUUUAUCUCACUUUGCGAUUGACAAAAACCCCUCAUCCAAAAUGCAAUAUAUUGCUUCGACGAAUGGAUGUCCAUCAAACGAUACCGUCCAAAUGAUCUACUGCCUUAAACAAAUACCAGUUGAUAAGUUGAUAGAAACUGAUUCCAGCUUACAAACUAUGCGUUCUGUUCUCCAUGGCUUCAUAUAUAGUUUAUCAACUUUAUUAGGUCCUGGUCCUGUAAUUGAGGGCAAUGAUGAUGGAAGAUUUCUUCCCAAUCUUAAUACCAAGACACCGGAAGAUUCUCUGCAAUUUGAAGAAUUUCCAACGAUUCCUUUACUAACAGGAGUUAUGAAUAAUGAAGUGGGAGGGGCAAUUCUUGGAAAUUAUAAAACUGAGAUUCAAAAUGAUUUGGAAACUUUUCCAAAUUUUUUAAAUGAUUAUCUUAUACCAACUUUACAGAAUACUAUUUCGGACUUCGGAAAUAAAUCGCGGUUUACACCCGACGCUUUUAGAAAAUAUUUUAAUGUUUUUAACACCGGAAAUAAUUCUGUUGAUAUUAGUAAAGUAGCAGAAGCUAUGGGAGAUUCUUUAUUUAAUGUGCCUGCUUUUCUGACUGUUGAACAUUGGGCUAAAAAAUCUGAAGCCUUUUUGUACAGUUUUGAUCAUAAAGGAAAACGAAAUUAUGGUAAAAAUUUUCUAACCGGAUUACCUAUAGCGGAUGCGAAACAUGCUUUGGAUGGUAUAACAAGUCACGGUGAUGAUCUUGGAUAUAUUUUUAAACAAAAUACUAUUACCGGAGAGGCAUUACAAAAUACUGAAGAAUCAAAUAAAGAAGAUGAACUUGUAGAAGAUAUUUUUACGAAUAUGAUAGCUCAAUUUGCUAAAAAUGGUAAACCUAAUGUAACAUUUCCAUUUCAAGGUGGUAGUUUACUUCCAAAUUUACUACCAAGGUUUUCUAGUGAAAGUAAUCAAUUUAUUAGUAUUACUGCCACCCCUUACAUACUGAAACAAUUUAGGUAUUGUGAAAUGGGGUUGUGGACUGGCCUUGCAAAACGAUUACAAUCACCCAUGUGUAAUUUUUUCAAAAUUACCACGGAUAAUGUCGAGCACAAUGCUAAAAAAAUUGAAACUAAUGUUAAAAAUCGUAUUAGUACAUUUGAAAAAACAGUUACAGAUUUUGUACCUAAUUUUACUAUUUUAAAGAACGAAACAAAAAUGGGAGCUACUAAUAAUUCAGUUAAAAACACGAAACCUACAAGAACAGGUUCUAUAUUUUGGAAUUAG